AAUUUGUACAGACGUGACAGAAGCGCGUCGUUACGCGUCACGACCAGUGCAUCGAACUUUUGCACCUUCAAUCCCAUGUCUGAUCUAUAUCGUUCUGCUCUCAGUGCCCGUUUAGCCAAGCUUCCCCCAGAUAUCUCGCUAGAUGAUAGUGAUGAAGACGAAGAGAACGAUUCACUAGGAUCGCUACCGGGCAGUGGAAUGGGACCACCUGCAAUGCCUCGAACUUUGAAAUCAUUACAGAAAUCUAAACCAAAACGCGAACCAAAUCCAGCUUUUUCGCCACUAUCGGCCUCGUCUUUCUUCGUCGAAGCGGUCCAAGUUGACGUCCCUAGCAGACAUCUAGACGUGCGCGCGUAUUACACCCCGCCCAAGUUUAGUGGCGGAACUGUGAUGGUAUGUCAUCAUGGAGCUGGGUAUUCGGGACUCAGUUUUGCUUGCGUGGCGAAAGAAAUCGCUGACCUGAGUAAAGGAGAAUGUGGGUUGUUGAGCGUGGACGCGAGGAGACAUGGGAAGACAACGUCAACAACGGAGAAUAAUAUGGAAGAUGAAGAUCUAUCGGUUGAAGUCCUGGUCGAGGAUUUUGUUGAGGUGGUACAGGCCAUAUUUAAAGAUCCCAGCAUGGCCACAAAUCUGCUCCUUGUUGGUCACAGUAUGGGUGGUUCUGUGAUUACAAGAGCAUGUCCAAUCUUAUUGGAAAAGAAGUAUAAAGUAGGCGGAGUCGUCGUUUUGGAUGUUGUUGAGGGUUCCGCUCUGGAUGCUCUUCCCCAUAUGCAUGGUCUUCUCAAUGCCCGCCCGGAAGGAUUUGAUAGUGUGGAAGAGGCAGUGGAAUGGCAUGUAACAACAAAAGCAAUCCGAAAUCCAAACUCUGCCCGUGUAUCCAUCCCGGGGAUUAUCGUAUCAUCAAAUAGUAGUUCCCUCACUACCCCGCCAUAUAUCUGGCGGACCCCUUUGAGAUCUACGGCCCCAUAUUGGACUAGCUGGUUCACUGGCCUGUCAAAACAAUUCCUGAGCGCACGUACCGCCCGCCUUCUCAUCCUUGCAGGGACCGAUAGGCUAGAUAAGGAGCUCAUGAUAGGUCAGAUGCAAGGCAAAUUUCAGAUGGAAGUCGUGCCCGGGGUCGGACAUAUGUUGCAUGAGGAUGAUCCAACGAAGUUGGCACAAAUUCUGGUUGACUUUUGGAGGAGGAACGAGAGGUUGACAAGUCGGAUCGGCGUAAAGAAAGUUGGUGAUCUGUAAGGAGAGCUUCCGGUACGUGCGUUACUGUGAUUCCAUUCGCUUCCCACCAACGUCUACACUCCUUCAAAUGUUAAAAGGAUGCAGCAGGCGAAGUACACCCCCGAGAAGAGACUCGAAGUUCAUCUGGCAGUCCCUGGUAGUCCUGGCAAAUACCAAAGUGUCAUAAAUAUCUUUUCCCUCACUUUCGAGACAUUACCAAGCGAUCCAACUUCGUUGUGAGUGGCCAUGCGAAGAUGCGUUAUCGGUAAGUAGUGAGGUCGGCGAUAUGGAAAGGUGUAUACGUUCCAGUAAGAUAUCA